GCUCUUCCAUCUAUUGUCGACUGCUUUGGCGUCUUAUAACAACAUGGCACCAGGAGCGCUACUAGUGACGGGCGAGAAUGGACGCACCGCUCCUCUCUACGACUCAGAUUCAUCGGCUCCUUCGGUACAAGCACCGCAAAUGAACGCUGAGUACCGAGGAUACGACCAUGUUGCCUGGUGGGUGGGCAAUGCCAAACAGGUCGCUCAAUACUACAUCACCCGCAUGGGCUUCCAACCGGUAGCAUACAAGGGCCUCGACACUGGAUCCCGUUUCAUAGCCAGCCAUGUGGUACAAAGCAACAAAGUCCGAUUUGUCUUCACAUCACCAGUCCGCUCCUCAAGCCGGCAGACGUUACGAGAAGCUCCUGAACACGACCAAAGACUCCUAGACGAGAUCUACGACCACCUCGACAAGCAUGGUGAUGGCGUCAAAGACGUCGCAUUCGAAGUCGACAACGUCCACCUAAUAUACCAAAACGCCAUCGCCAACGGCGCAUGCUCCAUCACACCACCUCAUAUCGACUCCUCAGACGAAGGCGAAGUCCUCUCAGCGUCAAUCAAGACAUACGGCGACACAACUCACACCUUCAUCCAACGCACAACUUACACAGGUCCUUUCCUCCCCGGCUACCGCGCCAUCACAACUCCCGACCCAAGCAACCAAUUCCUCCCCCCUAUCGACCUCGAAGCCAUAGACCACUGCGUCGGAAACCAAGACUGGGACGAAAUGGACUCAGCCUGCGAAUUCUACGAACGAUGUCUAGGUUUCCACCGUUUCUGGAGCGUCGACGACAAAGACAUCUGCACAGACUUCAGCGCUUUGAAAUCCGUCGUCAUGUCUUCCGGCAACGACGUCGUGAAAAUGCCCAUCAACGAGCCCGCACACGGAAAGAAAAAAUCUCAGAUCGAAGAGUACGUGGACUUCUACAAUGGGCCAGGAGUCCAACACAUCGCUCUACGAACUCGAGAUAUCAUAUCCGCCGUGAGCAAUUUGCGGGCUCGAGGUGUCGAGUUCAUCGGCGUGCCGGAUACGUAUUAUGAGAAUUUGAGGAUGCGGUUGAAGCAGAGUGGGACGAAGUUGAAUGAGAGUUUCGAGACGAUUCAGAAAUUGAAUAUUUUGAUGGAUUUCGAUGAGGGGGGGUAUUUGUUGCAGCUUUUCACGAAGCCGUUGAUGGAUCGGCCGACGGUGUUUAUUGAGAUUAUUCAGAGGAAUCAUUUUGAUGGGUUUGGAGCGGGGAAUUUUAGGAGCUUGUUUGAGGCGAUUGAGAGGGAGCAGGAGGCGAGGGGGAAUCUUUGAGAAUGGUACGUUUGCAUGUUUGGUGGCAUCGGGUUGACGUUGAAAGUCAUGAGUUUUCGGUCUUCGUGGUCCAUUGUCAACUCUGCAUUUUGUAUCGG